AUGAGCAAUACAUAAAAUAUGAAGAACUAUAGCACGUUGUCAGAGUAUAGAAAUGCAAAUAGCAAUCUUAAUCUGACUAAGAAUUAUUAAGACGAUAAAAAUUUAAGAAGUUCGAAGGUAGAUGGUUCAUAAGUGAGUUCAAUUUAAAAUUUAGAUAUGAAUAACAAUAAUAAUAUGAUAUCUGAAAAUACCAUCAAAAACAAAAGAAGAUUUAAAUUAGAAGAGUAAAAGGAGCUUAGAAUAUAGGAGUUUUUAGCUGCAAGAAGAAAAGAAUAUGAAAAAUAUAUUGCUUUAGAUUUUGAUUACAGGAUAGUUGAUUAAGAACUUAGAAGAUUAGAGCCUGUAGAUUAUUCUGAUAUUGAUAAAGAUGAAGAGCGUAGAAGAAUGCGUGAGAAUAGAUUAAAUAUUAUUUAAGAUAGAUAGAGGCUAUUCUAAAAUUUGAGUAAGGAUUCUUUUGAUAUGAAUGGAGGACAAGAUGCUAAUUAUGUCCAGCAACUCAUUUAAUAAAUGAAAGUUUACAUUACGAUUUUGUAAGAUAAUUUCAUUUAAAGUGACGAAAGUUUCAAAGAAAUCCCUGCUUCAUAUAAAGAUGAUCAUUUUUUAUUAGGACCUCCAAAAUUUUGUGGCUCAGCUCUAAGAAAAAUAAAUGAUAAAUGUAUGAAUGAAGAAGUCUGGAUAGUUGUUAGAGGAUUCUACUUAUUUGUAUAUCCGAAUUAAGAAUCAAAAAGACCUAUUUGCAUGCUGAGAAUCCCAUUGAAUAAGAUAUGUUUGGAAGUAGCAAACGGAUUUGAUAUUAAAGAAAAUGGAUAUAAAUAGGCUUAGGAAUUUUAAUAUUUUUCUUUAACUGAAAGGGCAACACAAUAAAUACACUUCUAUCUAGGAAAGAAGUAGGAGGAUUUGAGACAUCUCAAAACUCCUCUUUAUGAGUUUUUAAAAAAAUAAAUUGCUAUUAAGGCUUAUUAUUUUUUAUGUGGAUAUUUAAAUUCAACACCAGACUAGAGCCUUAUUUCAUUUUUUGAUAACGACGAAUCAACAAUUUUAAAAAUUAACUUAGAUACGGAAAAACUUGAUAACACAUGCAAAGUUUAUCCUGUGCUGAAGCCGGUUUCAGAAGCAUUUUUUUACUAUACUUUGAUGAUAGCAUCAACUUCAAGGAAUUUGAUUGAGAUAGAUUUCUCUGAUUUGUGUCUCUGGUCUCAGUUCAUUACAUUCUUCUUUUCAGUGAUGAAAGACGAUGCUGUUAAUUGUUUUUUGAGAGUUUUAAAACUUGACAACAACGAUAUUACUGAUGAAGUUCUCCUUGCGAUGCUAGAUUAUUUUAAAAAGCCAUAAUCAUUUUUUGUGACACAUCUUUCUAUGAAUAGAAUUGAAGAUUUACAAUAGACAAGCUUUAUGUAUAUCGGUAGAAUAAUAAGCGAAAGACAUUAAGCAAUUAGAGAUUAUCAUUAAGGAUAGACAGAUUAUUAACUUCCUUUCUAAUAUUUGAGCUUGAACUAUAUUAAUAUGAAUGAUACUGGAUUAUCGAAUUUAGUAAUAAAUUUAGAAAAAGUCCAUAACGAUAACUCUAAAAGAGGAAUAUAUGACUAUGAUUAAUAUUUAGAACUUCACAUAGCACACAAUGAACUUAGCUAAACAAGUCUUAGAAGCUUAGGUAAUCUUUUAGAAGCCUUCUAAGGAAUAAAUGUACUUAAUAUAAGUGAAAAUAUAAAAAUUGAAAGUGUUUCAUAGGAAUACUUCUUUAACUGCUUAAAAAGCAACUAUUCUCUCACAACACUUAAUAUUUCAAGAAUUGAAAUUAAUUCAGAAUCUUUUAAGAGUUUACUUUCCCUUUUAGAAGAAAAUUUCACUCUUUAAACAAUUUAAAUUACCCUUACAGAAACAAUGGUUUUUGAAUUAUCAAAAACAAAAAAUAUGAAUCUCCUUAAAUAUUUCAUGAUAAGCUAUAAUCCAUAACAAGUAUUUGAAAAUAUCUGA